AUGAUUGAUAGCCAAUUUACGGAAAAGGAUCUCAACCAUGUCUUUAUUUUUGAAUUUGAAAAACCCAAAUUUGAGCUUUUGGGAAAAGCAAAGAAGAAAUCAACAACGUGCAAGGUGGGAAAGGAAGUGAAUGGGCUAAAACGAGGGAACCGGAUUGGGAUACCGAGCAGAGAACCCCAGACAGCGCCCACUGACCAUUUGAGUGGGAUCUUCUUCCCUCCACAGCUGAACAGCACAGGCAACGAGACCACGGGCCCUGGCCUGCCUGACCCCUUGGGAGGUCUUCUAGACGAAGCCAUGCUUGAUGAGAUCAGCUUGAUGGACCUGGCGAUUGAAGAAGGUUUCAACCCAGUGCAGGCCUCUCAGCUCGAAGAAGAGUUUGAUUCUGACUCAGGGCUUUCUCUGGACUCUAGCCAUAGUCCUGCUUCUUUCAGUAGCUCAGAAGCCUCCUCUUCCUCCUCCUCCUCCUCCUCUUCCUCUUCCUCCUCUUCUUCCUCUUUUUCCGAGGAAGGCGCCGUCGGCUAUAGCUCAGACUCUGAAAAUGUGGACUUUGAAGAAACAGAAGGGGCAGUUGGAUACCAGCCGGAGUACAGCAAGUUCUGCCGCAUGAGCUAUCAAGACCCGUCCGAGUUACGCUACUUGCCUUACCUUGAGCAUGUUGGUCACAACCACACCUAUAACAUGGCACCUGGCGCGCAGGACCCUGACGAGCCCCACCUGCCAGCUGUAGCGAAGAAGAGCAGCAAGGAGAAGCAAUCUGACUUCCUGGACAAACAGAUGAGCCGGGACGAGCAUCGAGCGAGGGCCAUGAAGAUCCCUUUCACCAAUGAGAAGAUCAUAAACCUGCCAGUGGAGGAGUUCAAUGAGCUUCUCUCCAAGUACCAGCUGAGUGAGGCACAGCUGAGCUUGAUCCGGGACAUCAGGAGGAGGGGCAAGAAUAAGAUGGCUGCCCAGAACUGCCGCAAGAGGAAACUGGACACCAUCCUGAACCUGGAACGGGACGUGGAAGACUUGCAGAGGGACAAAUCCAAACUGCUCAGGGAGAAGGUGGAAUUUCUCAAGUCCCUUCGCCAGAUGAAACAGAAGGUGCAAAACUUGUACCAGGAAGUGUUUGGGCGCCUGCGUGACGAGAACGGCCGGCCCUACUCUCCAAAUCAGUACUCCCUCCAGUAUGCCAACGAUGGCAGUGUGCUCUUGAUCCCUCGCCCCUUGGCCGACCAGCAGGCCAGGCGGCAGGAGAGAAAGCAGAAAGACAGGAGGAAGUGAGCCGGGGGAGGAGGAGGGCGCUCACUAAAGUUAGGAACUGGAGAAGGGCCGAGCCUGGAAGUACUAGAGGAACUUUCAUGCCUUCUUAUCCAAUAUAUCUUCUCAAACAUGACUGCUGCCGGUCAGUGUAUAGGGAGAGACUGCUGCACAUGGAGGGUGCAGGACCUGCACAGUGAGUUUCUGAUGGCUCCCAUCAGGGAGUGACCAGGGAGCAACAGACAGUGAACUGGGCAAGCCCAGCUCCCUCUACGGCCUGGGAUCCUUUGAGUCUGGGGAAUAAGCUGGCAUCCUUGGUGGUGAGAAUCUGCAGAAGACGGAGAAACUACUGCUUAGGGACUGGCUUCAAGAGAUUU